GCCAUGGCACUAACAACAGCAGACAAUUAUUAGCCUGCAAACACGAUCGACGAUUCGUAAAUUUUUUCUUAAAUUUUACAAGCAGCUUUACGAUGGUGAGUAGAAAAAGGACAUAUUCCAAUGUUUCACAAGACGAAGAUCACUUUUAUGUGAUUAAUGAAAGACCAGUCGACGAUAUUUCACUUGAUUUUUUUUACAAACCACACACAAUUACUUUGUUGACAACUAUUUCAUCGUUGCUUUUAUACUCGGCCUUCACUAGAAAUGACGACGAUUUCCGAGAAAAUAUCUGGGCUGGAGUAAGGUGUGUAAUAUUCAUUUUUCUGGUUAUAUCUGUCCUUGCCUUCCCAAAUGGACCCUUUACACGGCCUCAUCCUGCUGUUUGGAGGAUGGUUUUUGGUCUUUCAGUUUUGUACCUAAUUGCUCUUCAGUUUUUCCUCUUCCAAAAUUAUCAAACUGUACGAAGCAUUUUGGUGUGGACAGAUCCUUCUCUUGAAAAUUUCCACAUCGAUAUGGACAAAGAAUAUGGAGUCAAUUGUUCAGACAUUAGUUUAGAAAGGGUUUGGUCACAUAUGGAUGUAUUUGCUGCUUCUCAUUUUUUUGGUUGGAUAAUGAAAGCCCUGUUGGUUCGCCAUUACGGAAUUUUGUGGACGAUCAGCGUGAUGUGGGAGAUUACCGAGAUUGCUUUUGCUCAUCUUCUUCCCAAUUUUGUAGAAUGCUGGUGGGAUGCGAUUAUUCUUGAUAUUCUAUUAUGCAAUGGUCUCGGAAUUUGGGUGGGCAUGAAAUUGUGUCAUUACCUUGAAAUGCGCGAAUAUAAAUGGGAAUCCAUCAAAGAUAUUCCAACCACAUCGGAUAAGAUCAAACGAGCUGUAUUGCAGUUCACCCCAGAGUCGUGGACAAACGUUCGAUGGCUCGAUCCUUACUCAUCCUACAUGCGCUUCCUCGCCGUUUGCCAGUUAGUGUUCUUUUGGCAAAUCACGGAGUUGAACACGUUCUUCCUCAAACACAUUUUUGAACUUCCGCCGAGUCAUAUGCUCAAUCUAUGGCGACUCGUUGUUAUUGGCCUGAUUGUCGCUCCUUCAGUCAGACAAUACUAUACUUAUGUGACGGACGCUCGCUGUACUCGUGUUGGCACUCAGUGCUGGGUUUUCGGUGCCAUUUUGUUUACUGAAUUAAUCAUUUGCAUCAAAUUCGGCAAAGAGAUUUUUGAACAUACUCAGAUAUUGACUAUCGCUCUCUGGCUGGGUAUCCAGUCUAUCUUGUCUAUGAUCUGCCUCUAUGGUUGCGUAUUGUAUCACCGGCAAGAAGUGAAAAAGACUAAGGGACACGUGGCGUCUAACUCCAAACGUAGAUCCCUCACAAUCAGCAAUGGUGCAUCUAAGAAAGGAGUUGCAACUAGUCCACAGCAUUGUCCAACAGCAGUCAAAAGUAAAGCGAAAACCGCAAAAAUUGCUUAGAAGCCGUUGGAGACCAAAUUCCCACACUCAACGACGUGAAUCUCGAUCUCUCUACGAGAGUUUUAGAUAGAUCAGUCGAUUAGUCCAUCAAUAUUUGUAGAUAAAUAAGCACGUGUGUCUCGAUUUUCUUGAGAAAGUGCGUAAUUGUGCUUUUUUUCUUUAUCAAUCUCAUUCAAGUUAACGCCAAUUUCCCGCUAGUCCUUGUUCUUAUAACUAAGCUCAAGUAUAUAAAUCAAAUUGACUCGCUCGUCCUGUUUGCUUUACCAAUUAUAACGGGACUAACUCAAUUCAAUAUGCAUUGAAAAUAAAGCUCUGUUCGUAGAAA